CAGCAGGCAGGCGGUAGGCGGUAGGCGGUCGGGCGAGCAGGCAGACGGGGAGGUCCUAACAGGCUCUCAGCAGCUGGGCGCAUUAUACCAUGUGACUGAAGACAUGUUAGCUAGCAGCCAUCAUCACUUCACCUAAUUCAUGUCGUCCUCGGUCGGAUGGUGAAAGGUCGACUGCACAAACACCUCGACGUUUGGCAACAAGUGACAGCAGAGAUUGAACCUGCCUUGGAUUGCAUGAGCACAGGAGAAGAAGACCUGAGGUUGACUACUCCCCCAUUGGACCUUGAGGAGGGGGGAGGAGGAGGAAGAAGACAAGGCCACUUCCCUAAAUACCCGGAGUAUGGGGCAAAAAGUCCCAGGUGGCAUUAAAACAAUUGAUAUGCGUGAUCCAGCGUUCAGCCCCCUGAAGCUGGAACUACAGGCCUUGAGUCACACCAAGCCUUCUCGACUGGACCUGCUAUUGGAUAUGCCGCCAGUAAGCGCGGACAUUCAGGUCCAGCACUCGUGGAACAACGAUGACCGCUCGCUCAACAUCUUCGUCAAGGACGAUAACAAGUUGGUUUUCCACAGGCACCCAGUGGCACAGAGCACGGACGCCAUCCGGGGCCGUGUUGGUUAUACACGGGGACUGCAUGUGUGGGAAAUCAGCUGGGCGAUGCGUCAGAGGGGCACGCACGCCGUUGUUGGUGUAGCAACAGUUGACGCGCCGCUGCACUCCGUAGGCUACACUGCACUAGUGGGAAGCGACAUUGAGUCCUGGGGUUGGGACCUAUGCAGGAGUAAACUCUACCAUGACAGCAAGAAUCACUCAGGCAAAGCAUACCCCUCCUUCCUCGAGCCAGAAGACACUUUCAUAAUACCGGAUUCCCUCUUAGUAGUUUUGGACAUGGAUGAAGGGACUUUAGGUUACAUAGUGGAUGGCCAUUACCUGGGGGUGGCCUUCAGAGGACUUAAAGGCAGGAAGCUAUACCCAGUGGUGAGCGCUGUGUGGGGACACUGUGAAAUACGUAUCCGGUACAUAAACGGACUUGAUCCUGAACCUCUCUCUCUGAUGGACCUGUGUCGGCGCUCUGUGAGGGUGGCACUAGGAAGAGAACGUCUAGGUGAAAUCCACCGGCUGCCCCUGCCGGCCUUUCUCAAGAACUACCUGCUCUACCAAUGACGGCACUGUCACAUUAGCGUAUGCUUUCUAUCUUGCUUCUCUGGGAUCCUUUGGUUGAACUCGUUUGACAACAUUUCCUUGAGCCUGUUGUACAGAUCCAAGCUCACUGAUGAAUUAGCAAGUAUGCUUAUCUGAUUAGCGACCGGACUCAUUUUUGAGUUUAUUCUAUUUUAACGACUAUUUGCAAUUGUACUCUAACUUUUUUCUUUUUUUUUUAAUUCAGGAAUUUCUGAGCUCUAUGCACAUACUGAUAGAAAAUAUGCCCUGGCGGUCACCGUUUUGGUGAAACGAGUCACUUGUGGUCAGUAUAACUCUUGACUUCAGCCAGCACUGUCUUUUUAAAAUUUGAUUGCAUUAGAUGGUGAAUUAGACCAUGUUCUAUGUUGUGACCACAAGAUGGCAGCACUUGUUGAACAUGUUACACUGAAAGAAACGGUUUUUUUUUAAAUGCGUUUUUAAGCAGAUCAGCAAACCGGCCUUAGGUAGUAACCACACCAGUGAGACAGUAAUGUAGCGAGACUUUGAACUCCUGCAGAAGUAAAAGAUGUCUUCUACUCACACUUAAGACAUCUGACAGGAAAUAUCUUAGCAGGCUUGAAAUUGAAUGGAUGUCACUGUGAUUUGUAGCAUGCAUCUGCAAGAAAUAUCCCCGGUUGUAUCGCAUUGUUAUUGUUUUCUUUCUUAUAGUGUCGUUUUACCCACAUUUUACACAAGUUGGCACACAAAGUAGAAACCAGUGGAAGUGACUGGUACAUAUCGGCACAGCUGAUAGUUUUUGAUAAGUAUGGCAAAAACUAUAAAACUGA